AUGCCGGCAGCUGUGGAACAGCCCGCUGUUGCGCGAGAUAACUCUAUCAAAAACCUACUCGGUCAAAUCGCGGCAGAUCUCACUGAAGACGCAUAUAAAGCCACAGAAGUCCAGCAUGCCCUGCGUUUUAACGACAUCCGUCGCUUCUUCGAAGUGGAAGUUGUGCCUGCCGCGCUCUGGUGGCUACACCGAACUGUGAGGGUUGAUCGGCUAGUAGGACCGCUGACUGUCAAAAUUGACAAAAAGAGCGACACGCAAUUCGGGGUGGGCCAGUGCGGAAAGUGUCGUCUACCCAACCUUCGGCGUUUGCGGACUGAAACGGAACAUCAUUCGCUUGGAAUAGUCGAAGAUGCUGAUAUCCUGUUGUCGUUUCGCACAUCCAAAAGCCCAAACGAGGAUGGAAGCUAUGUUUGUCAAGUUGAUGACGGCUACCGCCCGGUUGCAGCCUGCAUCUCGAUUCCUGUCGCUGAGGCAGAAAGGCUGUACUCUAGCAGAAAGACAUCAUUCUCUCACACUAUCGAUCGAAUACUCAUGUACAUUAUCAACGCGGUUGGCGUCAAUGUGCAGACGCUGCCUUUUUUCCUAACGUGGAACCACGCUUGGAGGAAGGAAGCGCUAAGGCGGCUUCACGAUGCCAAUCGCGUAGGCUUGCCUCCUGCAGUUCAUGCCGUCACAGAAGUGUUGAACUUAGACAUAAAGCCCUCCAACAGCCAGAAAGGCUUUCACAGGUUUAAAGCAACGGCAACUUCCUCAGGGGAGUCAGCAGAAACGCGCACGCGGCGCCGUUUUUUUCUCACAACUCCUGAGAUCAAGGCUGCAAUACGGCGCUAUUUGGAUUGCACUGAUGUGAUUGGCUUGGAGCUCGCCUUGUAUCAAUCAGGCCCACGCUGUUCCGGAACAGCGUAUGCCGCCAAAGAUGCCCAAAGGUGCAAGCCUUUUGAGCAGGCGACGCCUGUCGCAGCCAGGACUUGGGAUAAUAAAAUCGCAGUGGAAAAUUCGUUUGCUGACGUCAAAGCAAGCAACCCGAAUGAGCCAGUGACCGAUGAUGGACAAGGAAGCCACAACGAAAUGUUCCUAAGCGGUUUUGACUAUGAGCGAUGUGUAAAAAGCAUGAUGGAACUAACUCCGGCAUCAAGGAACAGAAGGAAUUGUCACAGAAUCACAUGUGUAUCGGACGAUGACCGGAUCGAAGCACCCAUGAUGCUGCCAGUAGCAAAGGCUGUCAAGUGGGUUGCUGCGCAAGUAACAAGCAAGCUGCAAAAUGGCACUGAGAAAACGACAGUUUGCAUGCGAGGCGAAAAGGGACAGCAGAAGCAAGUUCCAGGCACGGAAAGAGGAGUCAUUGAAUGCCCCGAUGUAGAUGUCGUGUGCCACGGAAGACCUUGCAGAAAUGGAGGCAUUCCCAAAUAUGGAGUGAAAUUUCCUGCCGGCAUAGCAAUCGACUCGCGCACCGGUGCAAUAUUUGGAACUCCAGUUGAAAAAACCAGAGGCUGCGUACCAUUAGCCAUAGAGGUACAGAUGCAAGAGCCGCCACAUGCAGCAGAAAGGACUUUUAUACGAAUAAACGUCGUUGACCAGCUGCUGACACGAUCACAACAGCCAGAGCUCAAGAAGAGAAACGACCUUCCACCCGUUGAAGGCCGCCGCGCAGUACCCGCAAGAGCAGCCCAGGAAGCAGCGACGCACCAGAACUACCAAGACAUGGCAACCGAAGCAGACUGGGAUGGCUUGACCAUACGGACCCCGGGAGAUUGUGAACAUUAUGUGAAAGGGGACUUGCGAUAG